GAAUGGGAAAAUCGCUUAAUUCAUGUUCAGGAGGUUAUUGAUGAAUGGCUGAAAGUGCAAGCACAGUGGCUUUAUUUGGAACCCAUUUUUUCUUCUGAGGACAUUAUGCAACAGAUGCCAGAAGAAGGGCGGCUCUUUCAGACUGUGGAUAGACAUUGGAGAGAUAUUAUGAAGCACUGUGUUAAAGACACAAAGGUUCUUGUUGCUACUUCCUUGGUGGGAUUAUUGGAGAAGCUUCAGAACUGUAAUGAGUUUCUUGACAAAAUCAUGAAAGGGCUUAAUGCUUAUCUUGAGAAAAAACGUCUCUUUUUUCCUCGCUUCUUUUUCUUGUCUAAUGAUGAAAUGCUAGAGAUCCUGUCAGAGACCAAGGAUCCUCUGAGAGUUCAGCCUCACUUGAAGAAGUGUUUUGAAGGCAUUGAUAAGCUACACUUCCUUCCCAAUUUGGAUAUUAAAGCGAUGUAUAGUUCUGAAGGCGAGUUUGUAGAACUGAUUUCAGCCAUUUCUACUUCUGAAGCUCGAGGGGCAGUGGAGAAGUGGUUACUUCAAGUAGAAGAUAUUAUGCUGAAGAGUAUACGUGAUGUUAUUGCUAGAUCAAGAGUGGCAUAUCUAGAGACAGAGAGAAAAAGAUGGGUUUUAGAGUGGCCUGGACAAGUAGUAUUGUGUGUGUCUCAGAUGUUCUGGACAAGUGAGGUACAUGAAGCUCUUUGCAGAGGACCAAAGGGUUUAAAGGAUUAUUAUAAUACACUUCAGCUUCAACUUAAUGAUACUGUAGAGCUGGUAAGAGGAAAACUAUCAAAGCAAACAAGGACUACGCUAGGUGCCUUAGUUACUAUCGAUGUUCAUGCUAGAGAUGUCCUCAUGGAAAUGUCUGAAAGUGGUGUGCAGAGUGAAACAGACUUUCAGUGGCUUGCGCAGCUACGAUAUUAUUGGGAAUCUGAGAAUGUUCGUGUCUGCGUAAUUAAUAACAACGUAAAAUAUGCCUACGAAUACCUUGGAAACUCACCACGCCUUGUCAUUACUCCUCUUACAGACAGGUGUUACCGCACCUUGAUUGGAGCCUUUUGUUUAAAUCUUGGUGGUUCCCCAGAGGGUCCAGCAGGGACAGGUAAAACAGAAACUGUCAAAGACUUGGCUAAAGCUCUUGCUGUUCAGUGUGUUGUCUUCAACUGCUCGGAUGGCCUUGAUUAUCUGGCAAUGGGAAAGUUUUUCAAGGGUUUGGCUUCAUCAGGUGCGUGGGCGUGUUUUGAUGAAUUCAAUCGCAUUGAGCUGGAAGUACUGUCUGUUGUGGCACAGCAGAUCCUUUGCAUCCAGAGAGCCAUACAGAUUAAGCUGGAAACGUUUAUUUUUGAAGGAACUGAACUGAAGCUUAACGCCAACUGUUUUGUAGCUAUUACUAUGAAUCCAGGUUAUGCAGGGCGUUCUGAACUUCCAGAUAAUCUGAAGGUUCUAUUUCGCCAAGUAGCCAUGAUGGUUCCUAACUAUGCCUUGAUAGCAGAAAUUUCACUCUAUUCAUACGGAUUUUCGAAUGCUAAGUCACUGUCAGUGAAGAUAGUAAUGACCUACAGGCUUUGUUCAGAACAGCUUUCCUCUCAGUAUCACUAUGACUAUGGUAUGCGAGCAGUUAAAGCUGUGUUGGUGGCUGCUGGGAAUCUAAAACUGAAAUAUCCCGCAGAAAAUGAAGAUACAUUGCUUCUUAGAGCAAUUAAGGAUGUAAAUGAGCCCAAAUUUUUGUCCCAUGAUAUACCUCUUUUCAUGGGUAUAACUAGCGAUUUAUUUCCUGGAAUCAAGCUUCCUGAUGCAGACUACAGUGAUUUUCUGCAAUGUGCCAGGGAAUGUUGCAUUCGACAUAAUGUCCAACCUGUAAAACCUUUUAUAGAGAAAAUAAUACAGACAUAUGAAAUGAUGAUUGUUCGACAUGGCUUUAUGCUGGUAGGGGAAUCUUUUUCUGGGAAGACCAAAAUUCUAUAUGUGCUGGCAGAUACACUGUCUCUUAUGAAAGAUCGUGGUUAUGGUGAAGAAGAAAAAGUAAUUGUUAGAACUGUGAAUCCAAAAUCAAUCACUUUGGGUCAGCUUUUUGGGCACUUUGAUGUGGUAUCCCAUGAGUGGACAGAUGGUAUAGUUGCCAAUACUUUCAGAGAAUUUGCAUUAUCUGAGACUCCUGAACGCAAAUGGGUUAUCUUUGAUGGCCCAAUUGAUACUCUGUGGAUAGAAAGCAUGAACACAGUUCUGGAUGACAACAGAAAGCUUUGUUUGAUGAGUGGGGAAAUCAUCCAAAUGUCCCGUCAGAUGAGUCUUAUCUUUGAAACGAUGGAUCUUUCCCAGGCAUCACCUGCUACAGUCAGUCGUUGUGGCAUGAUUUAUUUGGAACCUUCUCAACUGGGCUGGAGGCCACUUGUUACCUCUUGGUUGAGUAAACUGCCUGAACCUCUGAACUUAAAGGAACAUCAAGAUCUUCUGCAGGAACUUUUUGAUUGGUUAGUUCCACCAGCAUUAAGACUCCGUCAGAAGCAAUGCAAGGAACUGGUACCUACAAGCAAUACCAAUGUUGUAGUAGCUCUUACGUGUAUUUUUGAAAUGUUGAUUUGUCAAGCUGUGCAGGAAGAUCCUACCAACAAAAACAUCCGUGCGUGGAUUAUGGGUUGCUUUGCUUUUGCCACAAUCUGGUCCAUUGGUGGAACUUGCGAUGGUAACAGCAGGAUAAUUUUUGAUAGUUUCUUAAGGGAAACUUUGGCUGGGAAGAAUGAAGUAAAUCCUGUACCAACGAGUGUGAGGAAGUGGGAGUGUCCCUUUGAAGAGAGAGGCUUGGUCUAUGACUACGUGUAUGAGCUGAAAGGCAAAGGAUGUUGGACUCAUUGGAAUGUAUUUAUUAAAAAUAUUAAUUAUAGUGAUAAAAAUAUGAAGAUUCAAGAUAUUAUAGUCCCAACUUUGGAUACAGUCAGAUACACAUAUUUGAUAGAGCUAUUCAUUUCCCAUGGAAAACCACUGCUUUUAGUGGGACCAACAGGUACUGGGAAAUCUGUCUAUGUCAAGGACAAGUUAAUGAACAACUUGGAGAAGGAACGCUACUUUCCCUUCUUUCUUAAUUUCUCAGCUCGAACCAGUGCCAAUCAGACCCAGAACAUUAUUAUGGCCAGACUGGACAAGAGGCGCAAAGGAGUCUUUGGCCCUCCAGUGGGAAAAAAGUGUAUUAUUUUUGUAGAUGAUGUGAAUAUGCCUGCUUUGGAGAAGUAUGGUGCGCAGCCUCCCAUAGAACUCUUAAGACAGUUCUUGGACCAUGGAUUUUGGUAUGAUUUAAAGGAUACCUCUAAAAUUACACUUACUGAUAUACAGUUACUUGCUGCCAUGGGACCUCCAGGUGGUGGGAGGAAUCCUGUUACUCCUCGAUUUUUGCGACACUUCAACAUUUGCACUAUUAAUCCUUUUAGUGAUGAAACAAUGGUCCGCAUCUUCUCUACUAUAGUAGCUUUCUACCUACGGGCUAGUGAAUUUUCUACUGAGUUCCUCACAGUUGGAAAUCAAAUUGUCAAUGCCACUUUAGAGGUGUAUAAGGAAGCCAUCAAAAAUCUUUUGCCCACACCAGCCAAAUCUCAUUAUACAUUCAACCUGCGUGACUUUUCACGUGUUAUCCAUGGCUGCUUGCUCAUUAAGAGAAAAUCAGUUGAAAGCAAACAUGGAAUGAUUCGACUGUUUGUACAUGAGGUAUUUCGUGUCUUCUAUGACCGUCUAGUGGAAGACAAUGAUAGAGCCUGGUUGUUCACUUUAAUGAAAGAUAUUGUGAAAGAACAUUUCAAAGAAGCAUUUGAUUCAGUUUUUGCACACCUGAAGCAAGGAGAGACACCUGUAACAGAAGAGGACAUGAGAAAUUUGUUUUUUGGUGACUACAUGAUUACAGAACUUGAGGAAGAUGAAAAGCUUUAUGUUGAAAUUCCAAGCAUUCAGCAGUUUGGCGAUGUUGUGGAGCAGUGUCUGGAUGAAUAUAAUCAAACCCACAAAACAAGAAUGAAUCUUGUAGUUUUCAGGUAUAUGUUGGAACAUUUGUCUCAUAUAAGCCGUAUUCUGAAGCAGCCAGGGGGUAAUGCUUUGUUGGUUGGAACGGGAGGAAGUGGACGUCAGUCUUUGACUCGUCUAGCAGCAUUCAUGGCAAAAAUGUGUGUCUUUCAACCGGAGAUUUCAAAGACCUACAGUACAAAUGAGUGGAGAGAAGAUCUGAAAAGUCUUCUGAAGAACGCAGGUGUAAAAGGCUUGAAAACUGUGUUUAUAAUCACAGAUGCACAAAUUAAAGAAGAAAGCUUUUUAGAAGAUGUUGACAGUAUCCUCAACACUGGGGAGGUACCCAAUAUUUUUGCAGCAGAUGAAAGACAAGAAAUUAUAGAGGGUGUUCAUGCAACAGCUCAGGCUGUCAAUAAACAUGAAGAACUCAGUCCCUUGGCCUUGUUUGCAUUUUUUGUGAACGUCUGCAAAGAAAAUCUCCAUAUUGUGGUAGCGUUCAGCCCAGUUGGAGAUGCUUUCCGCAAUCGUCUGAGACAAUUUCCCUCACUUAUCAACUGCUGUACUAUUGAUUGGUUCCAGCCGUGGCCUGAAGAUGCCCUUGAAAGUGUGGCUGACAAGUUCUUAGAAACACUUCAGCUCAGAGACAGUGAGCGUCAGGAAGUUGUGCCCAUCUGUAAAUACUUUCAUACUUCCGUUUUGUCACUCUCUGAAAGGUUCUUGCAAAGUCUGGGACGCCAUAAUUAUGUCACUCCUACUUCUUAUCUUGAGUUUAUUGCUGCCUUCCGGAAACUUCUUACACAGAAACGAGACGCUGUAAUGAAAGCCAAGAAGAAAUACAUAAAUGGACUAGACAAACUAGCUUUUGCUGAGUCACAGGUUGGUGAGAUGAAACAAGAACUAGUUCAGCUGCAGCCCAAACUGGAAGAGGCUAAAUUGGAUAAUGAAAAAAUGAUGAAGACUAUAGAAAUAGAAUCUGCACAAGUAGAACAAAAAAGGAAAACUGUAAAAGCAGAUGAAGAAAUUGCUACAGAAAAGGCUGAAGAAGCUCAGAAAUUGAAAAAUGAAUGUGAAAGUGACCUGGCAGAGGCAAUCCCAGCCAUGGAAGCUGCACUUGAGGCUCUUGAUACUUUGAAGCCUUCUGAUAUAUCAAUUGUCAAAUCAAUGAAAAAUCCUCCCUCUGGUAUCAAACUUGUUAUGGCUGCUGUCUGUGUCAUGAAAGACAUAAAACCUGAAAAAAUUCCAGAUCCGUUAAGGCCUGGACACAAGAUUUUGGAUUACUGGGGUCCAAGCAAGAAACUGCUCGGUGACAUAAAUUUCUUGAAGGAUUUGAAAGAAUAUGACAAGGACAAUAUUCCAGCAGCUAUCAUGCAGAAGAUUCGGGAUGAAUAUUUGACUAAUCCCGAGUUUGAUCCACAAAAGGUGGCUAGAGCUUCCUCCGCAGCAGAGGGUUUAUGUAAAUGGAUUGCGGCAAUGGAGGUGUACGACAGGGUUGUAAAGGUGGUUGCACCCAAGAAAGAUCGUUUAAGAGAGGCAGAGCAGUCCUUAGAAGAGAUGCUGACAGUCUUGAAUCAGAAGAGAGAAGAACUUGCGGCUGUGGAAAAUGAUCUGGCUGCUUUGGAACAAACUUUCACUGAGAAAAUUGAAGAAAAGACUCAUUUAGAAUUACAGGUUGAUCUGUGUGCUAAAAAAUUAGAACGAGCAAAGCAGUUGAUUGGAGGCCUUGGUGGAGAGAAAUCAAGGUGGAGUGAUGCUGCAAAUGAUCUUCAAGACACGUAUGAUAAUUUGACAGGAGACAUUCUGAUAUCAGCUGGUGUGAUAGCAUAUCUGGGAGCUUUUACUGCUGGAUUUCGGCAAGAGUGCACUGAAGAUUGGAGCAGGCUGUGCAAGGAGAAAAAUAUCCCUUGUUCUGACAAUUUCUCUUUGAGUGCCACUCUUGGUGAUCGAAUAAAAAUAAGAGCCUGGAAUAUUGCUGGUUUGCCAACUGAUACGUUUUCUGUAGACAACGGGGUUAUUGUUGACAAUUCAAGGCGUUGGCCAUUAAUGAUUGAUCCUCAAGGUCAAGCAAAUAAAUGGAUCAAGAGUCUUGAGAAGGAUAACUGCCUGAAUGUUAUCAAGCUCAGUGACACAAAUUAUAUGAGAACGAUAGAGAACUGUGUUCAGUUUGGAACUCCACUUCUGCUAGAAAAUGUUGGAGAAGAACUAGACCCAUCACUUGAACCUCUGCUGCUUAAACAGACUUUUAAACAAGGAGGCAUCGAGUGUAUCAAGCUUGGUGAGACCAUUCUUGAGUAUUCCAGUGAUUUCAAGUUUUUUAUUACCACAAACCUGAGAAACCCACACUAUAUGCCUGAACUCGCUAUGAAAGUUUCUUUACUCAAUUUUAUGAUAACACCACAGGGACUUGAAGACCAGUUGCUAGGUAUUGUCGUAGCAAAAGAGAGACCAGAAUUAGAAGAGAAAAGAAAUGCUGUCAUCCUUCAGUCUGCAGCCAACAAAAAGCAGCUAAAAGAAAUUGAGAAGAACAUUUUAGAAACCUUACAUUCAUCUGAAGGGAAUAUUCUGGAAGAUGGGACUGCUAUCAGUGUCUUAGAUUCUGCUAAAAUUAUGGCUUUGGAGAUCACAAAAAAACAGCAGAUUGCAGAGAAAACGGAACUUAAAAUAGCCAAAUCUCGAGAAGACUAUCGACCUAUUGCAAAGCAUUCAUCGGUGGUCUUCUUUAGUAUUGCAGACUUGGCAAACAUUGAUCUCAUGUACCAGUUCUCCUUUAGUUGGUUUGUUAACCUCUUCAUCAACUCUAUUGAUAAUAGUAACAAAUCAAAAAUUUUGAAGAAGCGACUUCAGUAUCUAAAUGACCACUUCACGUACAAUCUGUAUUGCAAUGUGUGUCGUUCACUGUUUGAAAAGGACAAGCUGCUCUUCUCAUUUUUGCUGUGUUGUAAUCUUCUCAGGGCUAAAAAUGAAAUAGAAGAUCAAGAGUUUAUGUUCUUACUAACAGGGGGUGUGGGUCUCAAGAAUAAGUACAAGAAUCCAGACCCAUCUUGGCUACCAGAUAAGAGCUGGGAUGAAUUCUGUCGUGCAAGUGAAAUCCCAGCUUUGAAAGAACUGAGGAUGCACAUCACUGAAAAUAUAGGUGAAUGGCAAAAAAUUUAUGAUAGCAAAGAGCCACAAAGCUGUCCAUUACCGGGACAAUUGAAUAAUACAUUAAAUGAAUUACAAAAGAUUAUAAUACUCCGAUGCUUAAGACCAGACAAGAUUGGUCCAGCUGUAACAAAAUUUGUAACUGAUAAACUAGGGAAGAAAUUUGUAGAACCACCACCUUUUGAUCUAAGAAAAAGUUAUUUAGAUUCAAAUUCUACAAUCCCUUUAAUAUUUGUGCUAUCUCCAGGAGCAGAUCCCAUGUCUAGCCUCCUGAAAUUGGCAAAUGACAAAGAGAUGGCUGGAGAUAAGUUUCAGUCCAUCUCAUUAGGACAAGGACAAGGACCUAUAGCUACAAAAAUGAUUCAAAAAGGAAUGGAAGAAGGCGCUUGGGUUUGUUUGCAGAAUUGUCAUUUAGCUGACUCCUGGAUGCCAAUGCUAGAGAAAAUAUGUGAAGAGUUUAACAACGAAAACUGUCACCCAGACUUCAGACUUUGGCUUACUAGUUAUCCUUCACCAAAGUUUCCAGUAACCAUUCUGCAGAAUGGAGUGAAGAUGACAUAUGAACCCCCUACUGGUCUCAGGUUAAACCUACUUCAGUCAUUUCUUUCUGAUCCUAUUUCUGAUCCUGCAUUCUUCUUGGGAUGCCCUGAAAAGGAGCUGAUAUGGGAGAAACUACUCUUUGGAGUUUGUUUUUUCCAUGCUCUGGUUCAGGAAAGAAGAAAAUUUGGGCCUCUUGGUUGGAAUAUACCCUAUGGAUUUGAUGAAUCAGAUUUGCGAAUCAGUAUCAGACAGCUUCAGUUAUUCAUAAAUGAAUAUAGCCGUGUUCCUUUUGAAGCUGUAACUUACCUAACUGGGGAGUGCAACUAUGGAGGUCGAGUGACAGAUGACUGGGACAGACGUUUACUGCUGACUAUACUGGAUGACUUCUAUAAUCCAGAUAUAAUUGAAAAUCCUCAUUACGCUUUUUCUCCCAGCGGCAACUAUUAUGCUCCACCGAAAGGCACAUAUGAGGACUACAUCGCGUUUAUUAAGAGUCUUCCCUUUAGUCAGUACCCAGAGGUAUUUGGUUUGCACGAAAAUGCGGAUAUUUCAAAAGAUCUUCAGCAAACUAAGAUCCUCUUCGAAUCUCUGCUUUUAACGCAAGGAGGAGGCACUCAGGGAACUUCUGGAGGUGGUGGUAGCACUCCUUAUGAAAUUGCAGAUGAUAUUCUCAGCAAGCUUCCAAAUGAUUUUGACAUUGAAGGUUGCCUAAGUAGAUAUCCUGUGAGUUAUGAAGAAAGUAUGAACACUGUGUUAGUGCAAGAAAUGGAAAGAUACAACAAUUUAAUCCGAACUAUUCGUAUUACACUAAUUAACCUGAAGAAAGCCAUUAAAGGACUGGUUGUUAUGGAUGCUGAACUGGAGGCUCUGUGUGGCAGCCUACUUAUUGGAAAGGUUCCUGAGAACUGGGCGAAACGCUCAUACCCAAGUCUGAAACCAUUAGGGAGCUAUAUUCAAGAUUUUCUAGAAAGGCUGAAAUUUUUACAGGACUGGUAUGAACUGGGGAAGCCCACAGUUUUUUGGCUGUCAGGAUUCUAUUUUACUCAAGCUUUUUUAACUGGAGCUAUGCAAAACUAUGCUAGGAAACACAGGAUCCCUAUUGACCUUCUGGGAUAUGAAUUUCAGGUUAUUCCUCAGGAUACUGCUGAUACUGCACCAGAAGAUGGUGUUUAUAUCCAUGGAUUAUUUUUAGAGGGAGCUCGCUGGGACAGGAUCAAGGGAAUGUUAGCUGAGCAGUAUCCUAAAUUGCUCUUUGAUGUGAUGCCAAUUAUUUGGAUAAAGCCAACUGCAAAAUCAGACAUAAAGAUAUCGAAUGCAUAUGUUUGCCCACUUUACAAGACAGGCGAGCGUAAAGGAGUCUUGUCUACUACUGGACAUUCUACUAACUUCGUCACUGCAUUGACACUGAACACGGAUAAACCAGUUCAACACUGGAUCAAGCGAGGUGUUGCGUUGCUCUGUCAGCUGGAUGACUGA